GUGGGGACGCGCACAGAAAGGCGGAUUUACGAGGAGCACGUGAAGGCAACUUCAGCUGACGCUCCGGUGAGAACUACCAGUAAAAUGAGCGAAGGAAAAGGUCCUGUUACCUUAAAAAUAAUCCUCAUAGGAAACUCAGGGGUGGGAAAAUCCUCCUUCAUGAACAGAUAUGUGAAUCACCGCUUCACCAACAUGUACCGUGCAACAAUAGGGACUGAUUUCUUUUCCAAAUUGCUCACUGUGGAUGGGAUCUCAGUCACCAUGCAGAUCUGGGACACAGCAGGUACAGAGAGGUUCCAGUCCCUGGGAACCCCUCUGUACAGAGGUGCCCACUGCUGCCUGCUGGUGUUUGAUGUCACAUCCAAGGCCAGUUUCUUGGCACUGGAGGCCUGGAAGAAGGAGUUUCUGGUUCAGGGUGAGCCCAUGGACCCAUCACACUUCCCUUUCAUUGUCCUUGGCAACAAGACUGACCUGAGUGACCGAGAGGUGUCUGGUAGAAUGGCCCGGCAGUGGUGCGAGGACACGGGAGCAGAAUACUUUGAAGGAAGCGCCAAGGACGACGUGGACGUGGAAAAACCCUUUCUGAGAGCAGCCCAGGCUGCUCUACAGCAGUACAAAAAACACACAUUGGAAAAUACAGGACAUUUCCAGAUAACCUGCAAACAGCCGAGAGAAACUCACAACACCUGUGAGUGCUGAGCAGCACUCGUCCCAGCGUGGGAGGGAAAAGUUCAGAGACCUCGGCACUGCGGAUGAUGACCUAUCUAACGAGGGUGCAAAAAUAGUGACCCAGCAAAGGUACUGUGGAAGGAAAGGACACAACUGUAUAACACAUGGAGAGAGGAACAAACUUAUUAAUGUUUUUUUUUUUCUUUUCUGAGAACCUUCAGCUUAUGGUCUAACUUAAGGCAUCACUACUAAAAUACACUGCUUUUGCAUGCAUGUCUAGUAUUGUUCAACAGACACACUGACACGCACAAAAUUAUGAAUGCAUAUGAAGAGAAAGCUCGUUUCUAGAAAGAAAUCAGGAGGAACCACAGACGGAGACCAAGGCGCGAGCCACAAAGAGGCCGGAAAUGCGGAAACCUUGGCUCCGGUUUUCCUUCUUGGCCAUUACCAUCACAACUGAAUCUGCCCUUAGAAAGUAGAUAUACACUCAUGUCCAGCCAGAAACCUCCUCCCUUUUAAUUGGAUUGUAAUGAACCUAGCAGUGAUUCAGACUCCUACAGUGAAUCAGCUUGACAAAAGGGAUCAGGGAGACUAUAUAUAUAUAUAUAUUUGUAUAUAUAUUUGUUUCUUUUAUAAGUAAAGACACAAAAGGCAAUCAAGAGAUGACCAACAUGUAAAAACAGUUUGUUACAGGUAAUUAUAUAAAAGGCCAAGAUGUUUUUUUUUUUUUGUUUGUUUUAUUCUUGCUCUAUGAACGAACUAAUUUACAAGUGAGUACACUCCGGCUAUGUAAGCUCUCUUCCCAAGACAUCCUCAUUCAAAGACAUACGGGUUUUACAUGUCACAGUUAGCUUGCACACCAUCUGUAGUCGGAAAUACAGAGCCGUGAAAGAAAAAAAAUUAAAAUUUAUUAAAUGGAUUCACAUACAUCAAUAGGAUAGGGAAAAAUAGCUCUACUAAUAUAAUUUGCCAUUCUAAAAAUUAAAGAAGAGGUGAGACACCACAUUC